CCGUCCUCAGGCCAAGCCUGCAUCCACCCUACUGUGUGGAGUCACACACUCUGAUGUUAGAUGGGACUGUUUCUCUUUUAUUCAUUUCCAACCCCGCAUACACACAAACACACACCUAAUCAGGUCUGACAAUGUAUAGUUGGUGUCAGGGCACCAUCUGCUAAUUUCCCUUAGCAGAGGAAGAAGAGUUUAGAUCCUGAAGAAGAAGAAAUAAUAUCACAUUGAGAUCAUUUCUUUGAAAUGGACAUCGCUGUGUAAAAUGAUCUACAGUGACCUCUAGGAGAAUCACAGCCACGUGAAACAUUGCAGCCACAAACUAGAGACCUGGGACAUUCUCAGUGUGUAUGGCUUUCACAGGAUGUGUCACAGCUGCGUCCCACGCUGAUACAACCGCUGUACUUGAGCUGAGAUGUAAAGUCACUUCCUUCAGUGUGCUCAGGCUCCAUCUCCUGCGAUCAUCCGCGAUAAUUCAGCCACACGGAGCAGACAGAAAUUAACCAGAAACUCGUCAUCGCGAAGUGAUCACUGGGCUGAUCAGCCUUAAGGAGGCUGGAUGCAGAUUGAGAGUUUGCUGAAGGCUGCAGAUCACUGUCACAUUAUCUGCUCUGACUGCAGCGACAACAGGAAACCAGAGAAAGAGCGGCACUGGCAGAACUGAAACCUGCGUCCAUGAAGCUUCGACUCCACCAUAUUCCCUGACUGUCUGUGAACUGAGGCGAUGGACAGCCCGUCGCCCACAGAGAGGCGGCAAGCCUGGAUCAACAGCUGCCGACGCUCGCCCACUCUGGAGGAGCAGAUGUGCAGCCUCCGCUCGGCCUCUAUAGCUGACGAUGAUGUCUUUUCUGACGGAUGCUACACAGAAAAGAUUGAGAGCUGGUUCCUGGGUUGUGGGUCAGAGGCCUGCUCGGAAAAGACGGGUCAGCUGAGUUUGGAGUCUGCACUGAAAGUUGGCAACUUUGACGAUGAGCUGAGUCUUGGUGCUGAUGCUUCUUUGUUCAGUGGCGGAGAGAUUACAACUCCAACUGGCUUCGUACAGCAUCCUUUCUCCAAUGAAGGUCUUAGCACACUCACCAGUACGCCUCGUCAGGGACUAUAUCUGCCAUCACUGAACUUGGGCCACAGCAUGGCCUCCAGCUGCCUCUCCUCCUCCACCUGUAAAACUACAUCAAGUAUAUCGGAGGUCCUGCAGAUGUGUUCAGAGGAUGCAGAGGAGACGCUUUACGAGCUGGGUUUCGGCUGCGAUGAGCCGCAGGUCACUGUCCGCAUCCCUCCUCGCUUCUUCACCUUCCCCUCUAUGACUCAGGGCAUUAACUUCCGCCUCUUCCUGGACUCGCAGAUACGCCGGAUACGAGAGGAAGACCCCAGCCUCUCUCUUGCUAGUCGUUUCAGACAAGUGCAAGUGCUCACAGCAAUGGCCAACGCUUUCUACUCCCUCUACUCUCACGUGUCCCGAACUCCUCUACAGAAACUGGCCACACCAGAGUUCACCUUCUCCUCGUCUCCCGUGGAGAGGUUCGAACGGUUCAGGGGCAGCGUUCGCAGCGAGCCACGCUCUCCGGUGGAGAGACUGAAGGACACCGUCUCCAAGAUGUGUCUCUACACAGGCUCUCCUCGCGGCUCAGACUCCACCUCUCCGCAGCCCUCACCCAGCAAAAGGUCCAGCCUCCCUGAUGUUGUGGAUGUAGUCCUGGACAAAGUCAAGACUGGGGUGACCAAGAAACUGCAAAUGGGGGAAUAUAAUACAAGUAAUUCAGCUGUGGAUGACAGGCUAAUAAUGGAUGGUGAUAAAUUGUGUAACAGUGGGAGAGGGGAGCAAACACAGCAGGCUGUAGCAGACACAGACAUUCUUCGAAGCGGAGAUAAGAUCUGUCAGGAGAUGCAGGGCAGCAAACAGACUGAAAAUGUUGAUGCAGAUGAAAAAGCUGUCAAACCAGCAGACCUUGAAGGCAGGACUGAGAGUAUGAGAACAUCUCUAGCAUCAUCAUUGUCAGGAGAAACUGUGAUAGAAACAGAUCGUCAGUGUCUAUCAACUCACUGUGACACAAGGAAUGCUGAUCUGAAACCAGCUGCCAAGGUUACGUAUGAUGUAAUCUCCCCGCAGAUAGUCGAGAGUGUACACCAGGCGCCCUUCUGCUGUCAACACACACAUUGUCCAAAAGCAAAAGAUUUACCCCCUAUCUCCCCAGAGACAGAGAGCAUAGAUAGAUCACACCCUGGAUCCCAUGAACCUGAAACACAAACCCCUAUCUCUGAGCCUGAUGGCAGGCAGCUGGAUGCAUCUAGACCACUUCCUGUCCUGGCCCCCAGUGGUAGCUACACCCAGUGCUGCAUCACUGUGACCGGCUGGGAUGGGAAGGACGUCUCUUCCUGUCACUCCAUUACACCAGGUUCAGGUCUUACUUCAAUUGCCACACCUGUCCAGACAUGUGAGGAGUCAUUCAUCGAGGGGAAAAGACGAUACCUGAAUCCACUGAUACAUCGGGGCCUGGGGCACGACUCCAACAACCUGCAACAGGUUAACUCCUUUGAGCUGGAGGAGGUGCAUAGUGCAGGAGAGGAAGAUUUUGGAACAACAACCUCCCCAUUGUCCAGAAAACGUCGAUACAAAGGUGAGAUGGCUCGGGGCGACAGCGUGCAGUCAGACAGCAGCGGCUACGCAGAAGAAGAAGUCAGCCCCGCGUCAAACAUGACGAGCAGAUGACAGAAAACCUAGAACUCCGUGUAAACAACAUUGAAAUUUGUUCUCGACUGUGAACUUUUUCCUACACUGAAGAUUUGAGCCUCCAAGCAAGGAGGCCUCCAGUCAAACAGGCCUUAAAGAUUAAAGGGACAGUUCAACCUAAAAUCAAAAACACAUUUUUCCUCUUACCUGUAGUGCUAUGUAUCAGUCUAGAUUGUUUUGGUGUGAGUUGCUGAGUGCCAGAGAUAUCAGCUGUAGAGAUGUCUGCCGCCUCAUGACUAGAUAGCUUGUGGUGAAAAACUCAACAGCAAUGUCUCUUUCCAAAGAUCAUGACCCAGUUACUGAUAAUCCACAGACCUUGUGAGCAGUUUCAUGUAGGAACUAUUUUCUUUCGACCAAACUACUCCCACCUACCCUUUUACUGUGCAGAGGGAAGCAUGCAUCUACUGUUAGCUCACCUAGCACAACUGAGCUAGCUAACACCAUUAAUGUUUACAUCUCGUGCUAUCAUGAGCACGAGCCUCUUGUCCUUGAGUAGAGGCACACUUCCUUUUUCGUGGUGAUACGGCUGGAGAGUGUAGUUCAGUAGAAAUAAAGUAGUUCCUACAAGAAACUGCUCACAACAAGGUCUGUGGAUUACCUUGAUAACUGGGUCAUGAUUUCUGAAAACACAGCCCUGUUGAGUUUUCAAAUGUGCGUUUUUGGCGCUUUGAGCACCGCAAGCCAAGUGCCAUCUAGUUCCAUUAUAUUGGAGAGAAGGCGGACAUCUCUAUGGCCGAUAUCUCCAACACUCAGCCACUCACACCAAAACAAUCUAGGCUGAUAAACAGUGCCACAAAUAAAAGGAAAAAUAUGUAGUUUCGAUUUUGGGGUGAACUGUCCCUUUAAAGUGUCAUAGUACUUUAAGAGACUUGGUUACAUGUGAAACUUUCAGAGACUUAAGAAGCUUUUUUCCAGAGUUCCAGAUAUUGCAAUCCCCAGUACUCCUACUGAACACAGAAUAUUGUAAAUAAGUGAUGA